UAUCCAAUCAAACUUUCUCAUGGCCAAACAAUAAAAAAGGAAGCAAUGUUAUCAUCAACCAGGUCCACCCUUAUCAUUUAGUAGCAAUUGGCACUAAGAUAUUUCCUUUUCUCUUGUCUAUAAGAUCAAGAAACACAAACCCAUAAGUCCAAAUUGAGUAAAAAUGGGAGUCCUAAACUACUGCUACCUCUCAGUUACCUCUACAGCCACACCCAUGUCUCAAGAUUCUUCAAAUAAUCUAACCCCAUUGUCAAUUCCAACACAAUCCAAGCUGAAAUCUGUGAAAUUGUCUACUGGGGACUAUGCUGACCCACCCACUACCACCACUAAGCUCAGGAAGUACUGGGGUGAGGAUGUGGAUCCUCUCACAUCUGAUGAUUUUAUAUGGAAUAGUGAGUUUAUGGGUCGCAUGAAGAAGUACAUUCAGGACCCUCAAGAAAAGGCCCCUUCUUCUCCUUCUGCUUCUGUAAAGGAAGAGACAUCAGGAUUUCUUAGCUUAAACAGAGUCAUGAGUCUUGACAGUUUGGAAGUUGACUUGACCAAGGAGCUAACAGCCCCUUCACAACCUGUUCUAGAACCAGAAGUCGAAAAUACUCGAGCUCAUUUUACUGCAUCUCCAAAAUGGCGACCAGCACCAACACGACGCGAGCAGGAGAAGUGGGGCAAAGCUGCCAAGGCUGCAACUGGGGGCAGUGAUGUGAUGUUCAGGGAAAUAAAACGUCCUCAAGGGGAUCCAAAGGUUAUGGCUGCUCAAUCAAGGGAACAGUAUCUUAAGUUAAAGAAUAAAUUGCAGCUCCUCACAGUUGGGAUUGGUGGUGUUGGUGUGAUUUCAGCUUAUAUCUCUUAUUCUCCUGAAAUAGCAGCAAGUUACAGUGCAGGGUUGGUUGGUUCUUUGAUGUACAUGCGUAUGCUUGGAAACAGUGUGGAUUCUAUGCAGUCAGAUGGACCCAGAGCACUUAUCAAGGGAGCUGUUGGGCAGCCAAGGCUAUUGGUUCCUGUUGCUUUGGUCAUGAUUUUUAACCGGUGGAAUGGGAUCCUAGUCCCAGAGUAUGGAUUCAUGCACCUCGAGUUGAUACCCAUGCUAGUCGGAUUUUUCACUUACAAGAUUGCAACUUUUGUCCAAGCAAUCGAGGAAGGUUUAUCAAUUAUUGGAAAUAAAUCACAAGCUUAACUCUAGUUUUUAUGAUUUUCCAUCAACCUCUAAUGAAAAUAGUAGAGACAAAGACGUUGGAUUCGAAAGAUGAGCUACAACAUCUAUACUGGUUUAUCUGUCAAUUUGAGGAAUUCAAAAUGUUUAUAACUUUAGUUCUCAAUUUAUCACAGAAUGGAUUGAACAAAUCGGUGAUUUCGUCGUGCAAAUUCUUCUAUCUACUAGAUCCCCGCUCUCAACUUUGUUGAUCAUCUCAAGUUUCUUAUCCUGUUGAAAGCUUUUGAAUCGUUUCCCCCCAAAACUCGUGUAAAUUCUUCUAGUUAAUGAACGAUUGUCAGGAGUUUUCAUUUUGUAUCA